UCUUACCAUAAAAAAUAUUGCAGUACCUAAUUCGAAAAGGAAGUUGAGACAGUUCCUGGGAAGAGCGGCGUUCUACAGUCGGUUUAUCAAGAAUUUCAACGAAAUAGCAGCACCCUUAUAUAAGUUAUUGAGCAGCACCAAGUUUACGUGGACUGAGACUGCCGAACAAACGUUCAACCGAAUCAAAAACAUGCUAGACGAUCGCCAGAUGACGCUCAGACUGCCUGAACCGGGAAGACUGUUUACAGUGGCCACAGACGCGAGUGAUCAUGGUAUAGGUGCUGUGUUGAGUCAGGCUGAUAGAGUGGUGGAAUACGCGAGUCGCGUCCUCACACCUGCUGAACAGAAGUAUUCAACCAUCGAAAAGGAGUGUUUAGCGAUCGUGUGGGCAGUGGAAAAAUGGAGACCAUACCUUUUAGGUAGACGAUUUCACAUUGAGACCGACCAUAAACCCCUGCAGUGGUUGAAAACCGCAAGAGACCCCCGAGGGAAGUUGGCGCGAUGGAUGAUACGCCUGCAAGAAUACGAUUUCAGUAUCGGCCAUGUUCCAGGAAAAGAAAACGUAAUGGCGGAUUACUUGUCAAGACCAGACAUGGAAGCCGACCUGCCAUUAACAGCAUACGCGGUGAAUAGUUUAGAGGGAGACCCAUUAGAACUCGUCCGGCAGCAGAAAGCUGACCCUAACCUUCGAGAGGUAAUCAGAGUGAUAAAAGAGGGAGCAGACGUAGAUAAACGAACAAUGGACAAGGAGGUAAUAACGCUGCUUCGGCAAAAGGAACGACUGAGAGUGAACUCAUAUGGAGUGCUGACCUGGCAGGACGAUGAUGAGAAUUGGGUGGCGGUGAUCCCGAAAGACUGGCGGCGCAAAAUGAUACACGAGUGUCACCAGGUAGCACAUACAGGCAUCGCAAGAACGACGGACUUACUACGACAAAGUGCAUACUGGCCGAGCAUGAGAGACGAUGUGGCUGAAUACGUGUUAACCUGCCAGCAGUGUCAGCUAAUGAAAAGCGAUCGAUACACACAACCGCCAUUACAGUCAAUCCCAGUAACCGCAGUCGGUGAUCUAUGGUCGGUGGAUGUGAUGGGACCGUUUCCACAGACGGCGAGCGGUAACCAGUACCUGUUAGUGAUGACGGAACAUGCUACACGUUGGGUAGAUGCCGUACCCAUUGCAGACCAGCGGGCAAGGACAGUGACCGAGGUGGUAAUUCGGCAUAUUGUAGCGUGUCACGGAAUACCGAAGAUGAUAUUAACUGACCAGGGUCCCUGUUUUGAAAGUGACGAGUUUAAAGCCCGUUUAAAGCAGUUUGGCAUCAAGAGAAUACGAACUACACCGUAUCAUCCUCAGACAAACGGGCUUACAGAGAGAAACAAUCGGACGUUAAAGGAAUGGUUAGCAUCAAAAGGAGGAAAUUGGGAGAAAGAGUUACCAUUGAUUUUGCUGGCACAUCGUUCCUCCACACAAGGAACAACCAAGAAGUCACCUUUCUUGCUCAUGUAUGGCAGACAACCACGACUUCCACUGCAUAAUAAGACCUGGCCACAACAACAGAAGUGGACGACAACAAGGUUAAGAAAAGAGAGGAGAGAGGCAAUAAGGAACGUGGAAAAGAAACAAAUAUCAGACACAAAGAAGGCAGAACAACAGAGGAGAACGUGGAAACCCUUUGCAGUGGGGGACCUAGUAAAGUGUAGAGAACGAAAAAGUAACAUAGCAGGGGGAGCAGGGUCGGGGAAGCUGACCCCAAAAUGGGAAGGACCGUAUGUUAUCACGGAGAGACGCGGCUCAGUCUACACGAUCCGGAGAGAAGACAAACGGAAGCGCGUAAAUGCUAGUCAACUACAGAGAUGGUUUCAAGAUCAUCAUGGGUGUGAAUCACGAAAAGCACCAAAGAACACAGCGGUACGGAGGUCAGAAAGACUACGACAGCAACUUGUUGAAAGGGGAGACGAGUGUGGUGCGUGCUACUUAUAUUGAUAUAAGUAGUAGAUAACGUGAGUCAAAAGAACGCAAUGUCUGGCAGCAGAAGAUGGAGAAGAUCAAGAAAAGAAGAGCGAUAAAUUAAUGGACGUUGUAAGAAAUCGCAUGAACAAUGAAAUGCGAGACAAUGGAUAUGAUAGAAUGACAUUUUGCAAAUUAACGAUUUACUAUAUGGUUUUUCUAUUUUACCAAGUAAUUCUGUAAUUUGCCCUAAAUACAAUUUGGCUGUCCUCACCCGUGUUCUUCUUCACUACAUUUGGUGUCGCUGCCUCCACUAAGGAUGAAGAUUCCAUGGCCGAAGGAGUUUGAGGACGGGGAUGUGCUGAGCUUCCUGAAGGAGUUUGAGGCCGUGGCGGAGCUGGCGGGGGUGAAGGAGCCGAAGAUGAAGUUGGUGGUGCUGGGGACGCUGCUGAGAGGCAGAGCGAAGGCUGUGUAUGACAGCUUGGACGGUGCUGGCGGGAAGACGACGUGGGAGGCAGUCACGGAGCGGUUGGCAGCGGAGUUUGACAGCCCAGUGGACAGAGAGGACGCGCUGCAGAAGUUCCGGUUGGCGAGGUUGCCGGUCGAUGGUGACCCACUGGUGCUGGCUGUGGAGCUUACCAGAUUGUUACGCCGUGCGCUGCCGAGUCUGGAUGAGGAGUCGGAGGCACAGUUGUUGGCGUCACAGUUUAUCGAGAGUGUGCCUGCCACCGUCUCCCAACAACUAAAACUGGUGAACGCAGCGCAACCGAUGGAUAUCAGUGAACUGGCGAAGGUGACUCGACAGCUGAUGACGCGAACAGUAGCUCCGGUCGGGUGCGAAAAGCAGGAGAUGAAUAAUGUCGAGAAGAAGAUUGAGGAGCUGGAGCGUGAGAUUGCAGCAAUACGAGUGAACAAUAAAAGGAACGAUAAAUGUUACGCUUGUGGAGGGACAGGACAUUGGAAGAUAAACUGUCCAACAAGACGAAGACGCAGAUAUGUUAGACGUUACAACGAGUGUUCUUUCUAUCCUAUGAAUCUGGGGAUUGUUGCGUUAGUAGACAGAGGGACAGUAUAUACGAGAGUGAACAUAAAUGAGCGAGAUUUAGUUUGUCUGAUCGAUACAGGUGCAGCAGUAUCGUUAAUAGGCAAAGAGCAAUGUAAGAAAAUCAAGCCGUGUACAUUAGCUGUCCACACGAUAGGGGGCCAUAUGUUAGAGGUGUUUGGCGUAUCUAACAGUAUCGUAAAAGUGGGGGAUGCUGAGAUAAAUUUUCCGUUCGUCGUAACCACAAGCUUAUCGAGACCGAUAUUAGGAGCAGAUUUCCUAAGAGAAGUAAAAGCGAUAGUUGACUUAAGAAGCGGUAAGGUGGUCACGAAAUAUGGUUCAUUGACAAUACACAAAAGUAGCGAAGUGGCUGAAAUAAGAGUUGCAGCGGAUGUCUCGUCAAAGAAACCAAACAUUCACGAGUUAUGCAAAAAGUAUGCGAAACUAUUCACUGGAGAUGGGGAGCCGUAUGGAUUUUGUGACAGAGUAAAGCACGAAAUACCGAUAAAGAACAGUCGAGUAAAUAUAUUUGCAACACGUCGUGUCCCGGUGCAUUUAGAGGCCGAGGUAAAUCGUCAGGUCCAGGAACUGUUAAAAGAAGGUAUAAUUUAGGAAGCGGACAGUCCAUAUAGCUCGCCGGUACUCUUGGCAAAGAAACCAAAUGGAAAGUAUAGAUUUUGUGUCGACUUCAGAGAAUUGAAUAAUAUAACAGACCUGAAGCCUUGUGCAAUGCCAACAGUGGUGGAAACAUUAGAUCGGCUACAGAAUGCCACGGUGUUUACAGUGCUGGAUUUACGGUCAGGUUAUUGGCAACUACCUAUAAAACAGAGUGAUCGAAGCAAGACAGCGUUUACUGUACGUGAUAAACAGUAUCAAUUUAAACGAAUGCCGUUCGGGUUGGCGGGUGCACCGUUCACGUUCAGAAGAUUAAUGACACUAUUGCUCAAGAAUCUAGAUAAUGUCGAGGUAUAUGGCGACGAUGUAGUUGUGUACAGUCAAACAGAAACAGAUCACAUCAAGCAUGUGGAAGCGGUCUUAAAGCGAAUUGACGAAUUUGGACUUCGGAUUAAUAAGGACAAGUCGCAGAUAGCGAGAAGUAGCGUCACAUUGUUGGGACAUAAAGUGGGAAAUGGAGAAAUAAAACCAUUGCCGGAGAAAAUUCUUACCAUAAAAAAUAUUGCA